AUGAAGUUUGUUGACGAGGGACCUAAGUUCCGACGCUCAAGACGUGUCGCCACAUCAACACCAAACAAGGCAUCUAAAGGUGACACUCGGCAUAACGGAGAUCUGCUUCGUCAUCAACGAGAAGCCAACCCUGGUGCUAGGUUCAGCCAGCCAGGCAGCUUCAAAGCAGAGCGCGACCAAAUACUCUCAUCCUUCGUGUCAGCCAUGUUCCCGCUUAACUCCUCAGCGGCGCAAAUAUCAUUCCUCGGCAGCUGGUUAUGGCAUCUUCCACCUCGCUUGGGCAGCAGUGCAGUUCUGGACCAUGCUGCGUUAUCAGUAGCAUGGGCUUACUUCGCAAAGCUAUACGGGGAUCCCAUCGCACUGCGGAAUGCAGAGAUCUCGUAUUCAUGCGCUGUGAGAAGUCUAGCUUUGGCUCUCGAUGAUGCUAAAGAGCAGCUUAGUUCGGAUGUGCUAUGUGCAACAGUCCUUCUUGGGCAUUUCGAGACUUUUGUUAACGUUAGGCACGAGUGGAUAAGACAUGCAGGGGGAGCUACUCGAUUGAUGCAGCUCCGGGGUGCUCGGCGGUGUUACGAGUCUGCCUUCGAGUACUCAAUGUUUCUUGCAUGUCGCGGAGCAAUUAUUUCUGAAGCCUUGGCCUCUAGGCAGCCCUGCAUUUUGGAGUCCGAAAGUUGGCAGAGUAUUCCAGACGGUCUGAUCGAGUUCCCGCUGUUGCCAGCAUCACCUGACAUGUACCACCGGAUCUUCGGUUACUUUGCGUUUAUCCCGGGGUUACAGAGCAGGACGAGUCUUUGUAACAAGGCUUCUUCUGAUGAGACGCAAAUUGCCCUCCUUUCAACGGCAAAGCAGCUUCGGCAAGACAUGAGACAAUGGUAUCAAGAGUAUUCGUCUCAAGAUGAUAAUUUGAGAAAACCUCGUGCCAUCUCUCCCGUAUCAGAGGGCUACCCGUUCCCCUCAAACUACAAAUACCACGAUGUUAUGUCAGCCACUAUCAUUGUUACAUAUUAUGCAUAUCUGAUAGUUCUCAAUCAAUCUAUCGCUUAUCUGGAUACUUGCGACAGACAUAGCUCGGAGAUUGAAGGCCUCGCAACUGCAAUUUGUAUGUCUGUGGACUACUGUCUACACGCCGGAUACUGCGGCACACAGACGAUGAGACUUGCACUACCUAUCGCUCACUCGGUAUUGCCUACCCAGUAUCAUCAAUGGACGAGCAGAUGGAUGGACAAGUUUGAUGCAAUAAUGGAGGCAACGAUGAUUCAGCCACUGUACUCUUAG